GCGCGCGCGCACAUACACACUGAGGCUCUCUGACAGAGGAGAGAGAGAGCAGAGGGAUACACAGGGAGAGAGAGAGAGAGACUAUAGGAACGCAGCGACUUGUGUGUGUGCGUGUGUGUGUGUUUAGGUACGAUAGCUCGCUCGCUCGCUCGCUCGGUGGUACAAGCGACUGGCGGGGCGGAUAUGGAGGGGCUCAGGAAAAACGCUGGGAACUGACCGAGCACCGAGACGAAGAGAGGGAGCGAGAAAGAGAAAGAGAGAGAUAGAGAGAAGAGAAGAAGGACGGACAGCACGGAAGGAAGGACGGAAGGAAAGGAGAUAGAUAAGUCUGAAAGAGGAGAGGAAGAGUGCGAAGAAGGGGCUCGUCUGGAACACAGAAGGAUUCUAAGGUGUGAGCCCUGGGCUGGAUGGGACCCACCAUGCCCCCCAGUAAGAAGGCCCAGAGCCCCAGUAGUGGAGCCAGUGCCUCGCAGGGCAUGAGCCCGCCGUACCGGCAGGGGGACGCCGCCACGGCAGCAUCAGAGGCGGAGGCAGCUGACCUCUCCCUGUCCCUCUCUGCCUCCUUCUCCAAGGCUGAGGACGAGGAGCUCACCAGCCUCUCCUGGCUCCACGAAAGCACGGACCUCCUCAACAGCUUCAGCCACUCAGGGCUGCGUAGCGUCUCCCCUCUACAAGACCCAGGCGGUCAGCACCCGCGCUCGCCCUCCUCCUCGUCUCCCUCCCCAGACGACCCCCUGCUCGGCGACGCACACUCGGCGUACGACUUGGCAGCAGGGGCGAACAGGAAACCGCCGUACUCCUUCAGCUGCCUGAUCUUCAUGGCCAUCGAGGACGCGCCAAACAAACGACUGCCCGUUAAGGAUAUCUACGGCUGGAUCCUGGAGCACUUCCCAUACUUUGCUAACGCCCCCACAGGCUGGAAGAACUCGGUGCGCCACAAUCUGUCACUGAACAAGUGCUUCAAGAAGGUGGAUAAAGACCGGAGCCAGAGCAUAGGCAAAGGCUCCCUGUGGUCCAUAGAUCCGGAGUAUAGGCACAAUCUGAUCCAGGCCUUGAAGAAGACGCCGUAUCAUCCCUACUCGCCCGGCCUGGCCACGCCCUCCACCUCUCCACCCACCCUGCCUCAGACAUUUCACCACAGCCCUCCAUUGUGGUCGGGGAGUCCCCUCUUCAGAAAGAACGGAGGAGUUCUCCUACAAGUUCCUCGUGGUGUGAUCCAAAAUGGUGCCCGUGUCCGGAGCCAGGCCCUCUUUCCUGUGAUCAGACCCCUACCUGUAAGCCCUGUGGGAAGCAGAACCUCGGCCAUACGAUCAUCCCUGGGAGAUUAUCUAAGCCGAGGACAGGACAGCCCAUCCCGCUACUCUCCUCCGCCCGGCAGUGAGGACCUCCAGGACGACCACACUUACAGCACCGCCAAAUCCCCCAGCAGGCUGUGCUCCUCCCAGGUCGCAGCGUCUUCCUGCCCUCUGGACGACGACGACGACAUCAUCGCCGUGGAGAUCCAAUCAGACGUCAAAGCCGAGCCCCGGGAGAUCCCAUUGGACUCUCACAUCACCACUGCCGCCACUGCCUACAUUUCCCAGCAGCCCCUGCGCGGACAGAGACGUAGUUCGGGGUCGGGAGCUGGGACUCUGGCAGGCAGCAGUUUGCCCUGGACCAAAAACCGAGCGAAGGGCAUUAGCGACACACUGCCACUGAAAAAGCGGCGCGCGGCGGCAGUGGAGAAGCCGCCAGAGAGCGACGACGAGGAGAUGAAGGAGGCGGCGGGGUCGCUGCUCCACCUGGCGGGGGUCAGAGCCUGCCUCAACAACAUCACAAACCGCACCGCCAAGGGCCAGAAGGAGCAGAAAGAGGCCCUGAGAAACUAAGACACACACAUAGAACAAGUACACCGUCAUGCAAACACACACACACACACACAAACACAUACAAUACACAAAUAGGUCAACAGGUAAUGUUACUUCAGCAUUAGUCUCUACGGACACUUCUCAUCUCCCUCUAUCUAUCUGCAGGGCAUUAGGUGAAUCCUACUUAUUUGUGGCAAUAUCAAAAAUCUAUGUUUUCCUACAUGUUCAGCAACACUUACAUCAAUGGGUAUUUCUCAUGUGUCUUUGUUGUUUUUGUUGUUUAAAAAGGGGAUGAAAGCCAUACAAAAAAAAAGGAAAAAAAAAAAAAGAGCAUGUUUUGUCACUAAUUUGGAAAAAGUCGAACCCGACGAAACUGAAUCACAUCGCGGAGCGUGCAGUCCAUGAGCAGAAGACGGCUGUUUUGUCUUACCUGUUUGUUUCUUUGUGAAUCUGUAGCAAUCUUGCAGCAAUGCCAGCAACGGCGGCGGCAGAGCCGACGAGACACAGCCUCUCCACCAAGACUCUCUCGGCCGCCGGCUAGCAUCACUCUCCUACAUCCACGAGCACAAAUGUGAGACUGUGCCAAAGAUAAGUGACCAGGUUGCUUCAUGUAGCCGAUACGACAGCUGACAGAAAAUAAAAAAAAAUAAAAUAAAUACAUGAAAUGAAAGAAGGCAUAGUAGUAAAGAACAGCUAGAGAGAGAAUGACCGUACGCGUCAAAAUAAUUGUAAAACCCAAUGUGAUAUAUAUUCAUGCACUUAAGAUUAUUUUACGCCACUUAUAAUAAAAGCAUCAUGGGUAAAGACAUGGUUUAUUUCAAGAGCACUCAUAGUAUUUAAGAAUAGAUUUAUUAAAGUGAAAAAAAAAAUAAAAAAAAUAAUGAUCAUGUUUAUCACCAUAGAGAUGGAUAGUGUGCCGGGUCUGAGGCAAUAUCUCCUUCAUUUUGUUGUUGUUGUUGCAUUAUGUAAACGUCCCUGAAACUUCCCCCUCAGUAUUUGUGUCCAUAAGCGUAGACACCAGGUAUAGAUACCAUAGCUACCACAACCUUCCUAUUCAUUUGACGACGUCAAAGAACUAUAUACAUAAAACUGUGGGUUUUUAGAUUUCCGUUUGUGUCUGUUUACCCUCACUCUACCCUCAUAAAGAUAUAAGCAAUUUGUCCCGCGCGGACAACUCUGUAAAAAGGUUAGAAAAUAUUUUAUUUUUUUCCUUUCUUAAUUGAAGCAAUUUGACCUGCAGGACUUUCUCAGUUAUAUUGCAUGGGUGCUUGUAAAUAAGAUAAAAAGCAAAUCUUUUUUAUUCAAAGAUCAUGUAAGAUAAACAAUGUAUUUAGCAUGAAGCAUGACUUAUUUUCAUAUAAACCUUGAUCCUAGAGGAAAGAAAAAAAGUUUUGCCGCCAAUUCUUAUACCCGUGGUUAUAUUAUUGGAUUUCUGUUUUGUUUGUUUUGUUUUUUUCUUUAAAAAAACUUUUGGGUUCCUGUUAUGUUUCUUCUGAGCGGGCUUUCAAAGACACGUCUUCAGGGAGGAAUGUGGGGGGAUCACUCUGCAAUUAGAGGCCCAAGGGUGCCACCUGUGGGCUUCGGGUUCAGGCUUAUGUAGGCCAGCUGAAUCACCUCUUAGGGGUGGGCUUCCGUCUUCUUCUGCCUGUACAGUGGUUUUUUGGUGUUCAGUGUUAACCCCGGUGUUAUUUCAGAACACGUCUGUAGAGUGUGUGAGUUUGUGUGCCCAGGAACACAUGCCCUUUAACAUUGUGCCUGCCUGCCUGCCUGCCCUCAGUACCUCUGUUGUCAUGUCUCUGACAUGUGUUGACAGGACGUUAACUUGUCUUUAUUUAUAACAUUGUUAGGGGGGUUGGGUCCCCCCCCCCCCCCCCCCCCUUACCCUGUGUGUCAAUGUACAUGUGUUCUUUAUUUUUCCAUCAGCAUUGUUCAGUGUAAAUGUGUGGAAUCAGAUAAGAACCUCAUAUGUCAAAAUGGCAGAACCUGGGAGUUGAGGAUUGUUAAAGGUGAUAUAUGUAAAAUAUGUACAACAGCUACCUUAAGCAUUUAAAGCGGUUACUACGCCGCGGUCGCCCGACUUUGCAGACCGCACGUUACACAGUGUCCUCGCUCAUACAUAUACGUCACUGUCCCACUCUGUGUUUUAUUUUUUUAUAAACGCUGAAUCUAUUGAUAUUGAUUCCGAGGCAGAGACAGGAAAGGGAAACCUGAUGAGAGGAGACGAGGCGACAAAAAAGGAUUGUAAAAACAUUCAAAUAAGUUAAAUUAUCCACCGACAACGGCAGAGUGUUAUGGCGCUUUUCCAUAUACAGUUCUAUCGCUACUCGGUUCUACUCGGUUCUACUUCUAUUCUCUCUCUUCCAGUGACGACACUCUCUGACCAGUCAGUGGUCAGCAGUGUGUGGAUGUCACGUGUAUUAUCCCUGAUGGAAAAAGCAAAAGGUCGAGUCGGGUCAAGCCGAGUGGUGCUAGAACUGCAUAAUGGAAAAGCUUAGCCAUUAGCUAACCUUGGCAUAAAGCAUUCAUGUCUUUCAGCCGUCUAUAUUUUAACACAGCUCCACUGCAGUCGCUUGUUUUCCCUUGUCCUCGAUUUUAAGAGGAGUAAUGGGGCUGUUUCAGUGUAGGUUUAGGUAAAAGACAACCUGUUACUGGGCGUGUGGCAGUUGGGUUUGGCGCAGUAUACCAAACCAAAACAAGAACAAAGUUUGUGUCCUGCAAAAGAACAUUUAAAUUGGGAAUAUACCGGCUGCACCAUUGUUGUCAGUGAAGCUCAGUAUUUUUAAUUUAAUGACAUAUCAUGGUCAUGUUAUGACUUCAUAUAACACAUGUCUUACAUAUGGCACCUUUAAGGUUGUUUUAUAUCAUUUGCAUUCAGUGUUUUCAACCCUGUGAUGAAAUGUAUUACUCGUGCAUGUCAUGCCUCCAUGGAGUCUGUCACAGAUUUAUCUAAUGAGCCCAAUCCGAGGAUCAGAGGUGGAUUAUUAUUUUAUUUUAUUUUUUUUUCAACAUUCACACAAACUUGACGGAAAUUUGAAAGAGCCGCAGUGAGCUUUUGACAGAAGUGAUAAACAUUACAUACUGCCACACUGCCAUUAUUUGGCAUGCUUUUGCUAAGUCUGCAAUGCAUUAUAGUAUUAAUUUUCCCUCACAUGCAGCGAUGCAUAUGAAUAAAAAAGAAAGCAGCUUUGUGGGAUUGGGUGUAGCAGCAGCAGCAGCAGCAGAAGAGUCACUCGAGGUUCUGUUUGAAGCCAACCGGGUAAACAAAUGCAUGUUCCACCCUCUGGUACAGUCUUCUACCACCUGUAGCAUGCAUCACUGGCUUCAUAUUUUGUAUGGUGUCCAUUUAAGGAAAACAGAAAAUGCUAAAAGGAGACACACUGUCAGUGUCCUUGUUGUGUGCCAUCCGUCUCUUGUCUGAUAUUUGUCUGAGUGCUCCAGCGGCCCAGGUCAAGCACUCUGCUGUAUUUGCAGUCACAAUCCACUGUUGUGGUGACUAAUAACAUGUUCGGUUGGCGAGAGGCACGUCGAGGGGAGAAUGUGUUGCUUUAGCAACAACCUUUUCUCUUUUUUUUUUCUUUCUUUCCCUCUGACUCACUCAGUGACCUGGGGAAAGAUGAACCCCUGACCUACGUGUCCGGAAAAAACCCAACAAACCUGGGACAUAUUAAAGCAAAUGAAAUAAACUUCACUGCCUAAAAAGCCCCCAAAACAAAGUAUUUCCUUCAAAACCUGCCAAACAUUCAUUGACACACUCUGAAAGAUGUACUUGCCAUUGUUUCGUUUACGUUUUUAUGCACAUGUUCAUGUCGUGUUUUCUUUUUCUGACAAAGUUAUCUACAAUACUGCCAUUUUCUUUCUGUGACUGCCUGAGCUGAAUAUUGGAAAGCCAUAGGUUAGAGAUGUCAAAAUGCAAAACUGUUAUUGAUCCGUGAGAUGUGACGCAGAGUACGCCCCCAUGUGUCGUCUUUUUUUCCUUUCUUUCUUUCUUUCCUUCUUUUUCUUUCUUUUGUUUCCUUUCUUUUAGUAAGUGUUCAAUUCUCUCCUUAUUGUGCAAUCAUAUUGCCAAAGAAUGAUUUCAAGACCUAUUUCAUCACUACAUGUAAAUAUCAACGUUGUCCAAUACCGUGGCAAAAAAAUAUAUAAAUGUUGUUUUAUUUUGUUUUCCAUUUUCUGAAAAACUACAAUGAUGUUUAUGUGAUGUAUUGUCUUCCAGUUGGUUGCAAUAAUAAAAAAUACAAGUUGCAGAAAA